AUGACGGAUUGGGUAAAUGAAACUUUCCCAAAGGAAUUCAUUCUACUGGGUUUCUCAAACUGGCCUUGGUUGGAGCUGCCCCUCUUUGGAAUCUUGCUGAUCUCCUAUACAUUGAGCAUCUUUGGCAAUGUGGCCAUCAUCCUGGUGUCCUACUUAGACCCCAAACUCCACACACCCAUGUAUUUCUUUCUCACCAAUCUAUCACUCUUAGAUCUUUGCUAUACCACCAGCACAGUUCCCCAAAUGCUGAGAAAUAUUUGUAGUAGAGUGAAGACAAUUAGCUAUGGUGGUUGUGUUGCACAGCUCAUCAUCUUUUUAGCCUUGGGUUCAACUGAGUGUAUUUUGCUGGCUAUCAUGUCCUUUGACCGAUUUGUGGCUAUUUGUCGGCCUCUCCAUUAUCAAGUGAUCAUGCACCAGCGGCUAUGUCUCAAGAUGGCAGCUGCAUGCUGGCUCAGUGGUUUCAGCAACUCUGUGCUGCAGUCAACUUGGACUCUUCUCAUGCCACGAUGUGGCCACUACAAGGUGGACCACUUCUUUUGUGAGGUACCUGCUCUUCUCAAGUUGUCAUGUGUUGACAUAACAGCCAAUGAGGCAGAACUCUUCUUUAUCUGUGUCAUUUUCCUUCUUAUCCCCCUGUCACUGAUCCUUAUCUCCUAUGGCUUCAUUGCCCAAGCAGUAUUGAGGAUGCGGUCAGCUGAAGGGAGGAGGAAGGCAUUUGGGACAUGUGGAUCCCACCUUGUAGUGGUGUCAUUAUUUUAUGGUGCAGCUAUUUAUAUGUAUUUGCAGCCACCUUCAUCCACUUCUGAGAUUUGGGGGAAGAUAGUUUCCCUCUUUUAUGGUAUCAUUACACCUAUGUUAAACCCCCUUAUCUAUACCUUGAGAAACAAGGAUAUGAAAGGAGCCUUCAAAGGAUUGGUAAAAAGAUUAUUUUUGUUUAAGAUGUGA